AUGAUUGAUGAAAAUAGUAAUGCUAAUGUGAACAAUAUCACAAAUAGUAUCAAUAACAAUAUUAACACUAUAAAAACCAAGAAUACUAGUGCCAUACCAAAAAACAAUCCAAAUACACUGAGUUCGCAUAAAAAGGGAAAGAUCCAAACGGCAAUGAACCGUUAUGUCAGUUAUACAAAUUGUAAGUCCAGCCCUAGGACUUCAAAAUUGGAACCAAAUCCAAAACAGGCGAAAACAAAUUCGGUAAAUCAAAAUCGUUUUGCACUCCUUGACAACCAAGAAAGUGAAAAAGUACCAUCCAUGCCUUUAAAGGACCACAAGCCACCUCCCCUCUAUUUGCGCGAACCUACCACAAAUCUAUUGGUUAAUAAGUUGUCCCAACUUGUAGGCCAAGAAAAUUUCCACGUAGUCUCUCUACGCAAAGAAAACAUUUAG